CGAUCUGAUGAUGAGGGACUUCCUGGUCAGCAGUGACUGUCAUCGGAAAAAAAUAACAUCACAUAUUUCCCGUCUUUAAUUGUCGUAUCAUUGCGUCAUUGUGAUUUUGAUUUUAUUUCAUGCUUCAAAAACAAGGCGGUUUUCACAAAGAUUUGUCGUCUUCAAAGCAAGCUUACGUUGUGCGGCUAGUGACCUAGCGUCAACGUUUGCUGUGUUUUCGCCAUGUCCGCCUCUGCUGGAUGCUCUCCGGCGGGCCACAACUCGGCCCUCGGCUCGAGUAUGUCAAUGUUUCGCUGGCUCGAAGUGCUCGAGAAGGAGUUUGACAAAGCCUUCGUGGACGUGGAUCUGCUGCUCGGGGAAAUCGACCCCGAUCAAGUGGACAUUACGUACGAGGGGCGGCAGAAGAUGACCAGCCUCAGCUCCUGCUUUGCUCAGUUGUGCCACAAAUCCCAGACCGUUUUCCAACUGAACCACAAACUCGAGGCCCAGCUUGUAGAUAUCCGCUCUGAGCUAAGUGAGGUCAAAGCGGAGCGGGCAGUCGUGGAGAGAGAAGUCCAUGACCAGUUACUGCAGCUUCACGCUCUCCAGUUGCAGCUCCACGCCAAGGAAGGCCAAGCUCCAGACUCCGAUUCCAUCAAAGACAGACUCCCUGCACCAUCAUUGGAACACAUGCAACAAGCGCUGGAGGACAGUAAAAAGGAGAAAUUGGCAGAGGCGAGGCUUGAGGCUGACGUGAGACUUUUUAAGAAAGAAAACGAGGCUCUCCGUCGGCACAUGGCAGUACUGCAGGCUGAGGUGUACGGCGCUCGACUGGCUGCCAAAUACCUGGAUAAGGAACUUGCUGGCAGGGUGCAGCAAAUCCAAUUACUGGGCCGUGACAUGAAAGGGCCGGCACACGACAAGCUGUGGAACCAACUGGAGGCCGAGAUCCACCUUCACCGCCACAAAACCGUCAUCAGAGCAUGCAAGGGACGCAAUGAUCCCAAGAAACCGCUUCCCUCGCCUGUUGGGCACGAUCCAGACCUGCUGAAGAAAACGCAAGGAGUGGGUCCUAUCAGGAAGGUGUCGCUCGUUAAAGAGGACCAUGAAGGUCUGGGUAUCUCCAUCACGGGAGGAAAGGAGCACGGCGUUCCGAUUCUCAUCUCAGAGAUCCACCCAAGCCAGCCCGCCGACCGAUGUGGAGGCUUACAUGUCGGAGACGCCAUUUUGGCCGUCAACAGCAUCAAUCUGCGUGAUGCCAAACACAAGGAGGCCGUCACCAUUCUCUCCCAACAGUCAGGACAGAUCGAGUUUGAAGUGGUGUACGUGGCUCCAGAGGUGGACAGCGAUGAUGAGAAUGUGGAAUAUGAAGACGACAACGGACAUCGCUACAGACUCUACCUGGAUGAGCUGGAGAACAAUACGGCCCCACCUAGCGGCAACUCGGCAGCCGCGUCAUUACAGGCGGGUCUGGAGAGAAUGUCGCUGAACAACGGGACAGAAAAUGGAGACACCACAAUCACCAGUGAAGCAACAUCAGAGGAAACUCCCUCCAAGCCUCCCGACACUCACGGCUCCUCUUAAGACCACUCAGCCGCACUCAUCAAAGUUUUAUUGUGCAAAUCCUUUUUUUUUUUCUUGAGUACUGAAUCGAGUCUGUGACAACCAGAGUAAGUUUGUCUCACCAUUCUUUUCUGUAGAUCUUCCAGUGUUUGGAUUUUCUUGCGAGUGGGCUCGUUGAACGGUCGCAUACGCCAACCGGGGUAGUCUGCAAGUUUUCUCACCAAUUUUGCAGCAAUUAAACUUGGGUAACGUUGUUUUGAGCAGGCUUUGUUUGUACAUGUGCAAAACGGGGAAAAAAA